AUGCCAAAUGGGCAUGUCUUGAAUCGACUCUUCUUCUCCCUACGGCCGUCGGUGGCUGGUACGGCCCAUGUUCUGAUAGAUCGACUGCCAGAAAGCAUAAGAAAGUGUACUACGCACUCACCCGGCCGUCAUCCCAUACCACAUAUGGCCGAUGCUUCCAGUCAAGGGAUGCUGUCGGCUUUCCCUUUCCUCACAGAACCGGAAUUCGACCACGCCUGUGCGACCUUUUUGGACCGAGUGCAAGCGCUGGAAAGCCUGCAUGCCUCGGGCUGGUCGUCCGUUCGACUCGAGAAACAAGCAUGCGGCACUGUUCUCAAGAUAUCAAGAGUGAUUGACAGUCCCACCACACUCAACAGGGAAAAAGCUACCCUCGAAGAUACUCCGGAAUCCCAUAAGUCCCAAGCCGAUGCUUUCGAGGAUGACCCUGAAGCUCUGGCCCGCACGGCCGAUCCAGACCCCUACUUCCAAGUAGAAUAUGACAUCCUCCUCUCCCCCACAUACCAGGUCCCUGUGCUGUAUUUCGUCCUACGAGGGUCUCGCGCAGGCCCUGUUGGGAUAGAAACAGUUUACCAGUAUUUGGUACCGGAUCAGUACAAAAAUGAAGUGAAAAGUGUCGGUGUUUUGGGCGGUAUCAGUAUGGGUUAUCAUCCAGAAUCUGGCACUCCGGCAUUCUUCGCUCAUCCAUGCAAUACCGCGGACGCCAUGAAACACAUCGCCCAUGGGCAGGAUGUCCAUCCAGAGCUUUAUCUCUUACUCUGGCUCGGUUUGGUAGGUAGCCGCGUCGGCCUGCAUGUACCACGUGAGCUUUUCGCAAACAAGAAUAAGUAA